UCCGUACUAGCUUUUGUAACAAGCCUCCACAAUUGUGAUUUUUCUGUCAAGUUUCAUAUUUCCUUCACCGACUUACAUUUUUUCACCCAUUCCUCUCAUCAUUUCGUAAUAUUUAUUGCAAGGACUUACAUUUUUCACCCAUUCUUCCCAUCAUUUCGUAAUAUCUAUUGCACGCAGACAUUUCUAUUUAGUGUUAUUGAUAUAAUGGGCAACUGGCAGCUCGAGGUAGCACGCAUGGCCAUCUACAUGACGUUCCCCGUGGCCGCUUUCUACAUCUUCAACCAACCGCAGUGGUUCGAGCAAGAGACCAUCGAGAAGAAGAGGCAGAUCUUCAGGCCUACGAGCAGGGAGAAUGCUGAGAUGCUCGCCGGCUGCAUCAAGACCUUGCAGGAGAAGGAAGAGAGAGAGCUUCUCGAAUCCCUCAGUAACAACUCGUCUAAUUAAGUAUAGUUUUAUCGGCAACAAUCUUGUUAUUAUUGUAUAAAUAUUUCUUGAAGUGAAUCGUUUCGUGAAAUACCGAGUAGCUUUCAAGGUUGUAUUGUAUAAUUGUGUAAGAAUUGUAUAGAGAAGAGCGGGUUGCUUGUAGGUCCAAGUUGAAGUUUGAAGCAGUGUUUGAGCCGAGCCGGUGCCGGGCAGGGCAGGUUAUGAGCAGGUGAGGGGCAGGCUUGUCCUUUUUUGAUGCCUGAUUGAAUGUACAAUAACUGAAAUACGUGCUGCUAAUCGACCGCUCUAGGCGCUGUCAGUUCAAAUUCUGCUUUAAACCUCAAGGGCCAUACUUUCAAAAUUCGCUAAGUGAACGUAAGUACUGACGCUUUA